AUGGAGGACGACCCCGACAUCAAGCGUGAGGAUCAGAUCAAGCGAUCUUCAACCGCAAAUGUCGACGAAACACCAAGGGUACAGCACGGCGGAAAGAGACCCAUCGACCCUUUCGCUGAAGACGAUGAAGACGACGAAGACGAACGCGCCGCCCGCGAUGAUGACGACGACGAGGACGAUGACGAAGAUGACGACGAUGACGACGAUGACGAUGAUGAUGAUGACGAGGACGACACGGCACGUGGCCAUCGCAGACGUGCCAAGAAGCAGCGUCGCAACCGUUUCCUCGAUGUAGAAGCUGAGGUAGACGAUGAUGAGGAGGACCUCGACGAGGAAGAGGAGGAGCUGGCGCGAGAGGAUGGUUUUAUCGAGGAAGAUAUCCCUGACGACACGGAAGACGUCCAGAGACGCGCCGCCGCCGAUAAUCAGAGGCUCGACCGCUUCCGAAGACAGGAGGAGGACACCAAUGCCGAAGCACUCGCAGAGGAGCUGCGCCAACGUUACGGCAAAUCAGCACGGUACGCCGCACAGUCCGACUAUGCCGAGGUGCCGCAGCGCCUCCUCAUGCCCUCCGUAGAAGAUCCCAGCUUGUGGGGAGUGCCGUGCAAGCCCGGUCGCGAACGAGAUAUCGUCAUGACUCUGGUACGGAAAGCCAUGGCAGAGAACUUCACUUCCAACCCCAUGCGCAUCAUCUCGGCUUUCUGCCGAGACUCGAUCCCUGGCAGAGUCUAUGUCGAGGCACGCAGGGCCGAUGACGUCGUCAAGGCUUGCAAUGGCCUCGCCGGUGCAUACGCUCGUCAGACCACCUCGCUCCACCUCAUCCCCAUCUCCGAGAUGGCGGACCUUCUCAAGCUUCAAAAGGUGCAGAAUGAGAUUCAAGUCGGUGGCUGGGUUCGUAUCAAGCGCGGAAAGUACGCAGGCGAUCUCGCGCAGGUUCUCGACGUUUCCGAGAACGGCGAAGAAGUUGGUCUCAAGAUGAUUCCUCGUAUCGACCUGAACCCGAAAGAUAGUGGACUCUAUACCGACAGUCUGGGACGCAAGAGGAAGAAGGGCGCUGGCUCGUCUGCCACCACGGUGGCUUUCCGUCCGCCGCAGCGCUUCUUCAAUCCCGAAGAAGUGCAAAAAGCCUACCCUCGGGACACGCCCACCAAACGUGGAACUCAGUGGGUAUUCCAGAACGACAGCUAUCGCGAGGGUUACCUUGAGAAGGACGUCCGAGUCACAGGUAUCAUCACCGAAAACGUCAACCCGACUCUGGACGAGAUCACCAAGUUUGCCGGCGAGAGCUCGCUCGAGGACGGCAUCAACAAGCUCGCCGCUGUCGACCUGAGUCUCAUCGCCGACGCAAGCAAAAAGGCCACAGAGGCGCUCAUCCAGCCCAAAGACCAGGUCGAGAUCUUUGAAGGAGAGCAGGCCGGCGUCUACGGUAUCGUCAAAGCCAUCAACAAUGAGGUCAUCACAAUUCAGCUCGAGCACGAGGACCUUAUGGACCAGAUCGUCGAAGUGCCAGCGCGCAGCGUCCGCAAGCGCUUCAAGCCGGGUGACCACAUCAAGGUCAUGUCCGGCAAGCAUGCCGACGAGACGGGUUUGGUGGUCAAGGUCGAAGACAACGUCACGACGUUCCUGUCGGAUCUGUCCAUGCAGGAGGUGUCGGUGUUCAGCAAAGACAUUCGCCAAGCUGCCGAGGUCGGUUCCGGUGUCAACGUCAUCAGUGGAUACGAGCUGCACAACUUGGUUCAGCUCGACGCUCAAACCGUUGGCAUCAUCUUCAACAUUGAGCGAGAGAGCUUCCGGGUGCUCGACCAGACCGGUCAGGUGGUCACCGUCAAGCCACACCAGAUCAGCUCCAAAAAGGACACGAGCCGCGCAUUCGCGCUCGACCACGACGGCAACGAGAUUCGUUCAGGAGACAUGGUCAAGGAGGUCGCCGGUCCGUUCUCGCGUCUGAGACAAGGACAAGUGCUUCACAUCUACCAAUCCAUGAUCGUCUUCCUGCACAACCGCGAAUAUACGGAGAAUGGAGGUGUCUUUAUCGCACGUGCACGCUCGCUGGAGCCCUUGGCACCCAAGAGCGUCUCGACCAAGACGAAGAAGGAUGGCGGUGACCUUUCCAAGAUGAACCCCGCACUGUCCAGUCUCAGUAGCGGAGGAGCUAACGAUGUGCGCGUCGAAGGUGUCCGACGUAUGGGUGGACGGGACAUGCACAAGGGCAAGAAUGUUGCCAUCAUCAAGGGACCGUACAAGACCUACCGUGGACGCAUCACCGAGACGACCGGCAACAUGGCGCGUAUCGAGCUCACCUCGGUCUCCAAGCCCAUCACCGUUAGCCUCGAUUGGUUGGUGGAGAAGGAUCCCAUCACCGGCCGCAGCACAAAGUUGAACGCAAGCGGCUUUGGUGGCGGAUCCGGUCGUGGCGGAUCCGGUCGUGGCGGAUACAGUGGAAGUACGGGCGGCGCAUCUAGCAACCCUUAUUCAUCCGGCGGAAGCUCCAUGGGCGGCGCCAGCGGUUACAAUCCGUACGGAGGCUCGCAGCCUGUAUCGGCUGGCGGCGGAUACGGUGGAGCAUCCAAUGGUGGCGCUGGUGGAUAUGGAGGCUACUCGCAACCUGUCGCCACAUCAGCCGCAGCAGGUGGCGGCUAUGGAGGAGCGGGGGGUAUCGGUGGCCGCACGCCUGCAUACAACCCAUACGCGGGCGACGGCGGCAAGACACCAGCGUACAACCCAUACGGAGAUGGUGGCAAGACGCCAGCGUACAAUCCGUACGGAGACGGUGGCAAGACACCUGCCUACAACCCGCUCGGCGACGGCGGGAAGACGCCCGCGUACAAUGCGGCGGCCGACGGAGGACGUACGCCGGGCUACAACCCGUACGCUGGUGAUGGAUGGUGA